UUAGUCUUUCUAAACUAUAACAAGGCCUGUUUUUGUUAUUUCUGUUAAGAGAAAUUGAGCUAAGUCAUCAUUAGAAUAUCAAGUAAGAAUACAAGCAAAAAUGACGAGCAACGGGGAAAAAUUCCCACCACAAACACAGGAUUCUCAACCAGGAAAGCAAUAUUUGAUGAAUCCACUCCCGAAAUCUGUCAAUCCUCACUAUAUACCUUCCAAAAAGCUUCAUGGAAAGGUGGCAUUGGUAACAGGAGGUGAUUCAGGGAUAGGAAGGGCAGUUUGUUACUAUUUUGCACUCGAGGGUGCAACUGUUGCUUUCACUUACGUUAAAGGGCCGGAGGAUAAAGAUACCGGUGACGCCUUGGCCUUGAUAAGAGAAGCGGCCAAAGAAAAUGAUGCAGGUGAGCCUAUUGCCAUUCCAGCUGAUCUUCGCCGAGGUGAAGAGGAAUGCACGAAGGUGGUUGAUAAGGUGGUUAGCCACUUUGGACGCAUUGAUGUCUUAGUGAAUAACGCAGGAGUACAAUACUUUGCUGAGAGAAUCGAAGAAAUCACAGAGGAACAACUAAGGACUACAUUUGAAAUCAACUUCUUCGCUAGUUUCUUCUUGGCAAAGCACUCACUAAAGCAUAUGAAAGAAGGAAGCAGCAUAAUCAACACAACCUCCGUCACAGCAUACAAGGGUGAGGAAACGCUAGUUGACUACAGCAGCACCAAAGGAGCGCUUGUUAGCUUCACUAGAAGCCUCAGUCUUCAACUCAUCAAACGAGGAAUUCGAGUAAAUGGAGUAGCACCAGGCCCCAUAUGGACUCCCCUUCAGGUUGCUUCUCUGCCUGUUGAACGGGUUGUGAAUUUAGGUUCAUAUGCACCAAUGGAUAGAGCCGCGGAGCCAUUUGAAGUCCCUCCAUCUUUUGUAUUUCUUGCAAGCGACGAGUGUUCAUCCUAUUUCACAGGUCAAGUCCUUCAUCCAAAUGGUGGAGAGAUCGUUAACGGAUGAUCCAUUGAUCCAAGUAUGUCGACUGUCAAGAUAAUCUAAUAAAGAGCACGAGCGUGUACAUACCCCUGUGUCUCCGAUGUUCAAACAUCUAAUAAAUAUAUUUAUGUUAAUAAUCAUCCUUGCAUUUUAAUGUAUGCAAAAGCCAAAGUAUUUACUUUGUUUAUUUGUUGUGUUUAUUACUUUGGCUUUGUAUUCGUUAUCCUUUUAAACCAUCCUUGUAUUCUACGUACUUAUGUCGUACAUGUACUAUGCUAUAUUUUUUAAAAACACCUUCAUUUAAGGAGGAGGGGGGGGGGGGGGGAUGGUGAGGAAUCAAACCCCGUGUCACACGGGAGAUGGUAAGACCAAUCCCUCCAUUCCUAAUGUCAUUUACUAUGCAAUAUGUGUUGGAACAUUUAUGGAAUAAAUGGAGCUUAUGUAUCAUAUAUGAAGUUUAUAUUAU